CGAGAAAUUGAAGAAACCCUAGACGGACAAUUGUGAAUUUUUUUUUUUUGGUAGAAAAAAAUUAGAGAAAUCGAAUUAUCUGGAAAAUUUGUUCCAAAAUCGGGGAUUUUGUUAGGGUUUCAAAUGGCGUAGGUGAGAGUUGAACAUUCAUCCCAUGAUUCUUCUUCGUGAUCUCCAUGUUCUGUUGGAUGAAUCGAAUAUUUCUUGGUGAAUCAUUUGCGGUAAGUAUUCGAAGUGCUCUUGUUUCGGGGUUAAUUUUUCUGGUACUGUGAAAUGGAAUUCGCCUAAUACAGGGGAGAUUGGCAUGGUCUUAGUUUUUGGGCUGGUCGAGGAAUGAUUUAUUUUCGUCGGUCUGGUGCAACAGAUCUGAAGAACGUGAAAAGGCAUGUGUGAUGGAAUGUGAAAUUUGGGAAUUUUUUGCCCGGGCGUCUCUUCUGGGGAUUGUUGAUGGAAGAUAGAUCAGAGAAUUCCUAUGGGACACUGAUUCCCAAAAAAUCGAGAACUUUGGAUCUUAAAAGUUUAUAUAAAUCAAAAGAGACGAAGGAGACUCUAAACAAGAAUUUUAAGAGGAACAGUAUCGCUCCCAGGGUUGAUGAUGAGAAGAGGAGCAAGAAGAGGAAAUCUAGGAAGGAAGUGUCUUUGAGGAGCUUAGAAAAUGCUGAUAGUGGCGGCAAAAGGAUUGUUGAUGAAGAAUGUCAAGUUGAGCCAUGUUCUGGUGAACAGGAUUUGCAUGAACUGAAGUUGGGGCUGAGUCAGAGAUUGUGUGGCAGUAGUGAUUUAAAUAGAGUAUCACUUAUUCUAGACAAUGGUGCUGUUCAUAUUCCGAAGCGAAAAAGGGAUUUUGUGGGGAGGAAGAAAUUUGCAGGUGGUCAAAGACCGAUUCUGGUAGGGCAGAAUGAUUGUAAAAGUGGUCAUGUUGAUCAUAUGACUAAUCUAAGUGCUGAUGAUUUGGAUAGGACUGAAUCACCAUCUGUUAGAAAGAAGAGAGAUUUUGAUGAAUCUAAGGAAAAUAGAAGUGAUUUGAAUUUGGUUAAGCAUUUCAAGGAGAACGAAGGCCCUGCCUGUUGUUCUGUUGUAAAUAAUGAUGAUGAUUCUUUGAAGAAGUCCAGGAGGGAGCAAGAUGUUUUACUUCUUGAUAAUACGAGUUCUUCCAAGCAGGCUGAUGCUUCAAUCAAUAGUAGUAAAAUAUCUGACAAAAUACUAGAAGAUGAGGAGGAGAAUCUUGAGGAGAAUGCUGCAAGGAUGCUAUCUUCAAGAUUUGAUCCCAGUUGUACAGGGUUUUCCUCUGGUAGUAAGUCUUCCACUUUACCUGCAGCAAAUGGUUUGCCCUUCUUGCUAUCUUCUGGUCGAAAUCAUGUUUGUCAUGGGUUGAAGUCUUUAUCAGGUGCUGAAUUUGCAUCUGUUGAUGCUGCUUCAAGGGUCUUGAGGCCAAGGAAUCAACACAAAGAGGGAGGUAACUCCAGGAAGAGGCGCCACUUUUAUGAAAUUUUCUUGGGUGGUUUAGAUGCAUAUUGGGUUUUGAAUCGGAGAAUCAAGGUUUUUUGGCCUCUAGACCAGAGUUGGUAUUAUGGACUUAUCAAUGAUUAUGACAAAGAAAAAAUGCUUCACCAUAUCAAAUAUGAUGAUCGUGAUGAAGAAUGGAUUGAUCUCCAAACUGAGAGGUUCAAACUCCUGUUAUUUCCCAGUGAAGUUCCAAGAAAGUUCAUGAGAAAAAGAGCUGUAAUGGGAAGCAAAAGAUCUGAUGAGCAAAGGCGAAGCAAGUCCAGACAAGAAAGACGGAGGGAACUGAUUACAAAGAAUGAUAGCUGUGAUGAAAACUGUAUGGAUUCUGAGCCUAUAAUUUCUUGGCUGGCUCGAACUUCUUGUCGAGUUAAAUCCUCUUUCCAUGGCAAUAAGAAACAGAGAACUUCUGCUACAGUUUUGAAUUCAGCCUCAACCUUUUAUGAGGAACCUGCUGGACUACAGGGAGGUUUAGCUAAGAGAUCCUGGAUAGAUGAUGAAUGUAAACCUUCCAGCAGUUCCCUAUUGCAAGAUAAAUUAGGUAAUCGGUAUAGUGAGAAUUCCUCAUUGCCAAGGGCUGCUUGCCCUAAAGAUGGCAAGACACCUAUUGUAUACUUUAGAAGGCGGUUUCGCAGGUCAACUCCAUUAUCUCCUGUGUCUGAAGAGAAACGUGUAACAGUAAGUGCAUCUGGUUCCAGUUUCUUUAACCAUGUUUUUGGCAGGGGUGGGGAAGUAAAAGAACCAGACACUAGGAGCUUUGAGAUUGAUGGGCCUUUGUGGUCCACUAACAAUGCAGGGGUAUUGAAAAUAUGUUUCCGUGACAUGGAGUCAGCAGCAUUCAAAUUUGACUUGGACUUUCCAGUGCAUUUGGUGAUAAACAGCUCAUUUGAAUUGCAGAAUUUGCAGUUACUUCAUUCUACACUGCUGCUUCAAUGUGGUACACUGAUGAUGAAGUGGCCAAGAGUUCAUUUGGAGAUGCUUUUUGUGGAUAAUGUGGUUGGGUUGAGAUUUCUGUUAUUUGAAGGUUGCUUGAAGAUGGCCGCAUCAUUUAUCUUUCUAGUCCUUAGGGCAUUUCGUCAACCUGCUGACCAAGGGAUGUAUUUUGACCUGCAGUUGCCAGUUACAUCUAUAAGAUUCAAGUUUUCAUGUUUAUAUGACUUAAAGAAGCAGCUUGUGUUUGCAUUUUAUAACUUCUCCAGAGUGAAGAAUUCGAAAUGGAUGUACCUAGAUUCAAAACUCAAGAGUCGUUGCCUGCUCAGUAAGCAGCUCCAUAUCUCUGAAUGCACAUAUGAUAAUGUUCAGGCUCUUCAAAAUGGAUCAAGCCAGUUCUCUUUUACUUCUACUGGCAAGUCCUCAUCAUUUAAGGUCAUGCAGAAGAGAACUAGGCAAGGCAUUAAUAUUAUGGGUAUUUCUAAAGAGUCCACCAAGGUCCGUACUAAUCACUGUUUUGAUACUGCCAAUCAGAAGCUUCCUCCAUUCGCUCUUUCUUUCACUGCUGUGCCUACAUUUUUUCUUAGUUUGCACCUUAAGCUCCUGAUGGAGCGAUCUGUAGCUCAUGUAAGCUUUUGUGAUCACAUUCCACUAACUGAUCAAGAAAGCUCUGGUCUCAUGACGGAUGGCUGCUCUGGCCUUGAUGAUUGCUCUAACAAGAAAUCUGAAAUUAAUCUGAAGCAGAAUAUGAUGGUUUUGUCAAAAGGUGACUCUUUUGCUGAACCCAAGUUGGUAAUUAGUUCUUCUGUUUGCAGUGAUGGAGUUCUUCCUCAAAAUAGUCAGAACAUUGCUCUUAGUAGCUCUGGAACUUCUAACUCUUAUGGUUCUGGGAGGCUUAGUACUAUUCAGUUAUCAGAGGAGAAAUCCCAUAGUUUGAGGGCAGAACAUUACCCUUUACCCUCAAGUUCUUUAAUUGGUGAGGAGAAGGUUGGAGAUGUAUCCCAUUCUUUUGCGGGUGAUCUUAGUAUCCAUAUAUCUUCAAUUGACCAUAGUGAUAAAUCUGUGGAGUGUGAUUUGCAUAAUGCUCAGCACUCUUCUGAUUUGUCUUGGAAUAUAAAUGGAGGUUUCAUGCAAAGCCCUAAUCCAACUGCACCCAGAAGUUCUUGGCAUAGGAACAGAAAUAGCUCGUCAUCAUUUGGGUUACCAUCUCAUGGGGGGUCAGACGGAAAGGCUGACACUCUUCACAAUGGUUUUAGUAACGGACCCAAAAAGCCUAGAACACAAGUAUCGUAUUCUUUGCCUUUUCAUGGGUAUGAUUUUAGUUCAAGGUGCAAAAGCCAAAAUGAGAAAGGGGUUCCUCACAAACGAAUUAGAAAAGCCAAUGAGAAGAAGUUAUCUGAUGUUUCUGGAGGCCUUGAAAAGAAUUUUGAUUCUUUAUAUUGUAAUGCAAAUGUGUUGAUUACCCUUGGUGAGAAGGGGUGGAGAGAAUCUGGUGCACAGGUUGUGUUAGAGCUUUUUGAUCAUAAUGAGUGGAAACUUUCUGUAAAACUUUCUGGGAUUACAAGGUAUUCAUAUAAAGCCCAUCAGUUUCUUCAGCCUGGAUCAACAAAUCGUUACACACAUGCUAUGAUGUGGAAAGGAGGUAAGGAUUGGGUAUUGGAAUUUACUGAUAGAAGUCAAUGGGCUCUUUUCAAGGAGAUGCAUCAGGAAUGCUAUAAUCGGAAUAUCCGUGCUGCUUCAGUAAAAAAUAUACCCAUUCCUGGCGUUCGCUCUAUAAAAGAGAAUGAUGAAAAUGGAACUGAAGUUGCAUUUGUUCGUAGUUCCAAGUAUUUCCAUCAGGUUGAAACAGAUGUUGAGAUGGCUUUGGAUCCAUUACGUGUCUUGUAUGAAAUGGAUAGUGAGGAUGAGAACUGGCUUUUUGGCAUUCAAAAUUCCAAAAAAGACUGCAAUGAAUGUGAAGGUUUAUCUGAUGAAAUUUUUGAGAAGAUAAUGGACAUGUUUGAAAAGGCUGCAUUUGCUCAGCAACGUGUUGAAUUUGCUCCAAAUGAAAUAGAGGAACUCAUGCCUGAUAUUAGGCCCUUGUGUGUUGUCCAUGCCAUCUAUGAGCAUUGGCAGCAGAGAAGGAAGAAAAAGGGAAUGGCUUUAAUUCGAAAUUUCCAGCCUCCUUUGUGGGAAAGGUAUCAACAACAAUUGAAGGAGUGGGAAGCAGCCAUUACCAAGAACAAUAUGCCUAGUCCUAAUGGCUGCCUGGAUAAAGCUGCAACAUUGGAGAAGCCACCUAUGUUUGCUUUCUGUUUGAAACCACGGGGCUUGGAAGUUAUGAACAAGGGAUUAAAACAACGAUCACAAAAGAAAUUUUCAGUCUCUGGGCAUACACACAGCUUUUUAGCGGAUCAAGAUAGUUUUCAUACUUUUGGAAGAAGACAGAAUGGCUUUGCAUUUGGCGAUGAGAAGCUUGCUUACCCUGGCUAUAACUAUGAUUCUUUGGAUGAUUCUCCAUUGCCUCAGACAUCUCCAAGGGUAUUCUCACCAAGGGGAGCUGGCAGCAUGGCAUGUUACGCAACAAGCAGAGAUGGAUUUGAUAGAAAUGAUGUCCUCAAAUUUCACCAUGGCAAGUCAAAGAAAUUUGGGUCGUUUAUGUAUCAUAAUGAUUCGCAGAUGAUGACUUCUUUCAACCAGAGAAUGUCAGGAAAGAGAAAUGGAGUUCAUAGGUGGAAUAUGGUUUAUAUGACUCGCCAAGCCACAGGGAGUGCCUAUUGGAUGGGCCUUACAGCCAUGAGAAUGAACAAUUGGAUGGUUCUGAUCUUGAUGAGUUUCGGUUGCAUGACCCGUCUGGUGCGGCUCAGCAUGCACAUAACAUGGCUAAGUUAAAGAGGGAGAGGGCGCAAAGGUUGCUCCAUAGGGCAGAUUUUGCAAUUCACAAGGCUGUGGUUGCUCUCAUGACAGCUGAAGCUAUGAAGGCUUCUGAGUACUCUAAAGGUGAUGGGCAGACCACUUAAUGGACCCCUUCAAUUUAUGGCAGAGUUGCAAAGAGGCAAGUACUGGAUUCGGCCUGUUUUUGCUAGACGUAGGUCUGGUUUUUGCUUCAAGGGUGGUGGCCUUUUGUCAUUAACCGGAUAUUCGUAGUGAACUUCGAUUAGGAGGUGCUGAGAGUGAGGCAGUGGAGAUUUUGUUGCUCUCAUCUCGUGACAGGAGUUUUUUCCAGUUUUUGCUGCUCAGUUAAGCAGAACCGUUGCACUGAUCUGCUCAAGGCUAUGGAAAUUUGGCUGCCACUUUUGUACAGAUAUUUUCUGCUCCUCUUCCUGCUCCAUCCCCUCCCUCUCGGGACGAAAACUGAGUUUUAAAUGUUAAUAUGUGAAGAGAAAUUGAUCAAAGAAUAAUAUAGCCACCACUUUGAAUGGAAUUAGUGUUCAUGCUAGAUUAGGUGAUAGUAAGCACAUCAUUCGUUUGACACAUUGUUACAUGAGUACAUCAUCCCCUAAACUCAUUCUUCCAUCUUUUCAUCCUGUGUAUAGGUCCAUCCCAAGAUCUCGGAGGUACACAGGGAAAAAAAAAAUAUUUGUAUUUUGGCUUGAAAGAACAAAAAAGAAUUAUUUGUAUAGUUUCCUCGGUUCAUAUUCCUUAAUGAGCCUUAAUGUGUGGUGGUUGUGACUUCUGAAAUGAAGUGGGUAUGCCUUAAUUGUA